GUGGAAGGUAAGGCAAGACAAGGUAGGUACUUUCCCCCACCCACACACACCCAAAGCAGCCCGGCCCAGCCCAGCCCAGGGCAUCUGCUUCUCACGCAUUCCCAUUCUUCUUCUGCCAUACCAUCCUCUACUUCUCCAUCCCUCUCGUUUUCCCCUUCAAACGACAUAGCGAAUCUUCCCCCCUCGACUUUGACGCGAUCCAGCCUCGAACGUAGAAUCUGUUUUUCUCCCGCCUCUUCUCCUGACCGCAAAUUUCUCGCAUUUCCGAGCUUUCCAUCACCGAUUUUUGAGCCAUAGUCCAAUCCCGAACAGUACAAAUUCGACCAAGCACGAAAUAUCCACCCCCGCGCAUUUACCAUCUGCGAUUAUCCAUACCCUGUCCCUCUCCUCGCUCGGUCGCUUGAUCUCUCCGGCCUGAUUUACCACGUCAAACCAUCGACCCGACCCGACUCGACUUGACAUAACCCAUCUCGACCCGCCACGGUUCUACCAUAUUGCGACUUCUCUCACCUCGUCAUAUUGUUGCGUUUGUCACCAGUCUUCGCUUCUUGUUCCGCUGCAGCUAGGGUCUCCUAAUCAGGUCGCCAACCUUUCCGACGCCUCGGUAAUCGAAUCAGGACACCACCUGUCAGACUUCGCGCGAUACGUACGGGACAACACCCGCUCACCACUUCCCUCGAGCGCCUGGCUAGGCCGUCCAGCCAGAUGCUGUCGCUAUGGAUGGCUACUACUCUCCACAUCAGCAGCAGCAACCAUCUCAGCAGUUCCAACAACCUCGAAUGCAGCAGAACCAGCAGAACCACAUGCAGCACAAUAUGAACGACCCAACCUUCUAUCAGGGAGGAGAUUCCCUCGACGAUAUUGUGCGCGAUAACCAAGACAAGCUAUACCGCCGACAGAGCAUGCCCCAAGCCUUCACUACCCCUAUGGGUCAGUUCCAGAUGAAUCAGCAGCAGCAGCAGCAAGGGCAAAGGCGGAUGUCUUCAGUCGGCAACGGUGACAUGAUGACCUUCGGAACCGAUAACGCCGACCUCAACUCGUACCAAUUUAACCAACCACCCAUGGGAGGGGGAUUUCCCACCAUUAAUACCUCCAUCGGCAUGGACCAAAUGGGCAAUUAUAUGACAUCCGACCCUAAUGACUAUUCGACCAUAUCCCCUGAUAUGAUGAGUUCUAUGAUGCCCUCUACCUUUGCUAGCAUGAGCGUUGGAGCACAAAUGGCCGGCAACGCCUCACCAAUGAACCUCUACUCACCGUCCAUAAGCCAGUUCCCACAAGGCCAACUGACCCCUCAAGUUCCGGUUGGUAACGACUUCUCCAUGGAUCUUUCUCCAGAUGCCGGCUCUAUGAAUAUAAACCAAUCCAACCCUCCCACGACGACCCCGAUACCUGCUCCCACCAACAACGCCAUGGAUACCAUAGAGGAUUCAGGCGACAGUAUGAUGAACCAUCAAACUUUCAACAACAUGAAUGCUGGAGAUAGCAACCAAAACUUACCUGCACUUUCUCGCCAAGUCUCAAUUGCCUCCGGUUCUGUUGUUUCACCUCCACAGCAACACUCACACGGAGCCAUGUCCUCUUCAACCGUUACUCAUCCGACCAGCACUUCAGUUGCUACGACCCCAUCAACUGGCGAUGCCCCGAGGGACUCAAAGGAAAAGACGAUAUACUCAAAGAGUGGAUUUGAUAUGCUCAAGGCUCUGUGGUUAGUCGCUACCCGUAAGAACCCGCGCAUACAACUCGGCGCUGUCGACAUGUCCUGCGCCUUUGUCGUCUGCGAUGUCUCCAUGAACGAUUGCCCUAUUAUAUACGUUUCCGACAACUUCCAAAACCUUACCGGUUAUAGUCGUCAUGAGAUUGUCGGCCAGAACUGCCGCUUUCUGCAGGCCCCAGAUGGCAAAGUCGAGGCGGGCUCCAAGCGGGAGUUCGUUGAUGAUGGAGCCGUCUACAAUUUAAAGAAGAUGGUUCACGAAGGCAGGGAGGUUCAACAGAGUCUUAUUAAUUAUCGAAAGGGUGGAAAGCCUUUCCUCAACCUUCUUACUAUGAUCCCCAUCCCGUGGGACACUGAUGAAAUCAGAUACUUCAUUGGCUUCCAGAUCGACCUUGUUGAAUGCCCCGACGCGAUCGCAUCGAAUCAGGACCUUGGUGGUGUAAAGGUGAACUACAAACACAGCGAUAUUGGCCAAUACAUCUGGACACCACCGCAAUCCAGCCAGUGGGAGCCCGAUAACGGUCAGACGUUAGGCGUUGACGAUGUCUCCACCCUGUUGCAGCAGUUCAGCCCCAAGGGUCUCACCUCUGACUGGCACAAGCAAUCAUGGGAUAAGAUGCUCCUCGAGAAUACCGACGAUGUGGUUCACGUUCUCUCGCUCAAGGGUCUCUUCCUAUAUCUCUCUCCGUCUUGCAAGAAGGUCCUAGAAUAUGAGGCUGCGGAUUUGGUUGGCAACUCACUUUCAACAGUAUGUCAUCCAUCUGAUAUCGUUCCUGUUACACGCGAGUUGAAGGACACAACAACCGGAAACCCUGUCAACAUUGUGUUCCGAAUACGCAGAAAGCACAGUGGUUACACUUGGUUCGAAAGCCAUGGUUCACUGUUUGUCGAACAAGGAAAGGGUCGAAAGUGCAUUAUUUUGGUAGGCCGCAAGCGACCAGUGUUUGCUCUAAGUCGCCGCAAUCUUGAAGCGAAUGGUGGUAUUGGUGACAGCGAACUCUGGACGAAGCUCUCGACAUCGGGUCUGUUCUUAUACGUCUCUUCGAAUAUCCGAUCUCUCCUCGACCUUCAGCCUGAUAGCCUGGUAGGAACCAGUAUACAGGAUCUUAUGCGAAAAGAAUCACGGCCCGAGUUUGGGCGAACGCUGGAAAAGGCGAGGCGUGGAAAAAUUGUCACAUGCAAACACGAGGUCCAGAACCGUAGGGGCCAAGUGUUGCAAGCCCAGACGACUUUGUACCCGGGUGACGCCUCCGAGGGCCAAAAGCCAUCGUUCUUGCUUGCCCAGACAAAGCUUCUCAAGGCAUCAUCACGUAACCUGGCUCCCGCUAGCACCGGUUCCAGAUCUCUCGCCGCAACCCCGAGAUCCAGUAACGGCACCGAAAACCAUGCCACGGGCCAUAUUUCACAGCCUGCCGGUGGUGCGUUAGCCCCCGGUAGCCAAGACGCUGCUUUGGCCUCAGAGGACAACAUUUUUGAUGAAUUGAGAACGACGAAAUGCUCUAGCUGGCAAUUCGAGUUGCGGCAGAUGGAAAAGGUUAACCGUAUUCUUGCUGAGGAACUUGGCGGCCUGCUGUCCAGCAAGAAAAAGCGUAAGCGAAGAAAGGGCGUUGGCAAUGUCGUGCGAGACUGCGCCAACUGCCACACGAGAAACACGCCCGAAUGGCGAAGAGGACCCAGUGGUCAAAGGGAUCUUUGUAACAGCUGUGGUCUUCGGUGGGCCAAACAAACUGGUCGGGUUUCUCCACGCAAUUCUUCACGCGGGGCUAACACAGCAAAUGGCGAUGCUCGAAGCAAGAAGUCCAACUCUCCCUCGUCACCACUGCAUAAAGAAUUGUCAGCCGACAACUCCAAAGCGCAAACACCUAAGGGUGAGAGCGGCAUAAACCCAGCCCAACUCACGAAGCAAAAGAUAGAGAAUGGAACAUCAGCACCCAGCGGUGCCCCUUCAGCAACAGGGGUCAAAUCAUCGGCCGGAAUGCCACCACUAAGCCAUUCAUCGAUGUUGGGCGUCGGGCAGGCCUCGUCGAUGGCUUCGAUCCGAGAAGAACGCGAGACGAGUCAGCCUUGAGCAACAAGCAUAAUGCAUUUCCCUCUCUUGAUGUUUUCGAUCCUCGAUGUUGCAACUUGGGGUAAAGGAUCUACGGAGCGUGGUGUCUUGAUUAAACGGCAUUUGUGAUACCCGCCACUUUUCUUUCUUCGCGCUGGCCUCUAUUUCAGACCUGAGGCUCAUGGAUUUAACAAAACAUUCGUGACACCCGUGACUUGGGGCUAACAUGAUGGCGCUAAGCAUAACGAGCUUGUCUGCUUUUAUUUAUUUGGAAGAGAGAUAUAACCUCUCCGUGGUGUACGAGGCUCCGGGAUUUUGGAAUUGGGAAUAGACACGAUAUACCUACAACAACAUACACGAGGCGUUAAGGAAUGGGAUGGCAUGACUACGACUUGGACAGAUCUUCCUGACCCCGGCCCCUGAUACAGAUUCUGCAUUUAUCGACAACGUCCAUGGGCCGGGUGGGCCCGGCUUUGGUCUUCAUGCUUCUACUCAACAUAGAGGGCGGCCUGAAUUUAUUCGAAUGCUAGUACGGUUCCAUGUUUAGCACGGCAGGGUAAGCAUUGUCAGGAGCAUGUAAGGGGCAUGUGGAUUUGUACAGUGGUGUUAGUUGUAUUUAGGGAGGACUUUUGCGUACAUAUACGUACUACAGCAAUAGCGAGGCGAAGCAUGGUCUAAAAUAAGGAACAGAUAUGACAAUUUGGGUAUUCAGCUUUGAUGUGAUGACUCGUCGAUGUACAGCUUGGCCACAUUACCCAAGUAAGGGGGAGGCUAGUAAGAAGGGUAACCCAUGGUAAUAAUCCAACGCCUAACCCCCUGAUUAGUGGUGAAGGGUAAUGGAUAGCAAUCUAGAGGAUCCCAGAAUACAUGUGAGUCUUAGCAUUACUAUACCCUCAAAACCAUAUAAUCCUUUUUGUUUUUGCACGUAGUUGGCACUACUAAAUAAAUUUACACCUACCUA